CCUUGUUAAGUAGCCGAUGGUGGAAAGAUUCUUCCCACUCGGAAAAAGGCUUUUGCUCCUGAGACAUCUGGCUGGUGGAGGCUCCUGUAGUCCCUACAGAGGACAGAGGGGUCCAUUUCUCUGUUGGCUUACAGAGUGAGGGGCUUCAAGCAGGCUGAUCUCAAAUCUGCUCCCUUUAGUUAACAACGGGAGCUUUAAUUGAUUGAUUGAUGCGCUGCUGAUCCUUCAGGGUCAAACAUGAAGAUAAGGCUGUCGCUGGCCUUGGCUGCUGCCUUCCUCGCAGCCCUGCUGCCCUCUAUAGAUGCUCAAGUGGAACCGCCCUCAGAUUUGAAAUUUAAAAUACUAAAUGAGAACACAGUGGAAAUGUCAUGGGUAAGACCCUCUGCAACAAUAGAGGGCUUCAGAAUACAAAUUGUAUCAGAUGCAGACGAACCGGCAAGAUAUUUAAACCUUAAUGCAGAUGUCUCUUCAACAUCUAUCACCAAUUUGACGCCUGAUUUAGACUAUACGGUGUCAAUAAGUUCCUACAAUGGUUACGAGGAGAGCAUCCCCAUCUAUGGACAGCUGACAAUUCAGUCAAGUAACGCCAGUGGACGAGGCAGGAAGCCACAUUUGGAUGCAAUCAAGUGUUCUGUGAGUGCCAUCACAGAUUUGGUUUUUCUGGUGGAUGGCUCAUGGAGCGUUGGCAGGGAAAACUUUCAGUACAUCCGUAGUUUCAUCAGCUCCCUGGCGGGGGCCUUUGACAUUGGCGAGGACAAGACCCGAGUCGCUGUGGUUCAGUACAGCUCAGAUACCCGCACAGAGUUCCCCCUUACGCGUUACACCAGAAGAGGAGACCUUCUCCAAGCCAUCAAUUCAGUGCCUUACAAAGGAGGAAAUACAAUGACUGGUGAUGCCUUGGACUACCUGCUGAAAAACAUCUUCACUGAGGCAGGUGGGUCAAGAAAAGGUUUUCCAAGGGUAGCCAUGAUCAUCACAGAUGGAAAAUCCCAGGACCCGGUGGAGGAGUAUGCUGAAAAUCUUAGGAGCAUUGGAGUGGAACUAUUUGUCCUAGGUAUCAAAUCAGCAGAUGUGGAUGAGCUCAAAGAAAUUGCAUCUAAACCUCAUGGCAAACAUGUUUACAAUGUGCCCAACUUUGACCUGAUUCAAGAGGUCCAGAAAAAGAUCAUCGCUGAAGUUUGCUCUAGUGUAGAUGAGCAGCUUACAGUUUUGGCUAGUGGGGAUGAAAUGGUGGAGCCUGCCUCUAACUUGCAAGUAACAGAAAUUGCAUCCAAGUCAAUGAGGGUGACAUGGGACCCAUCCCCGGGGCAAAUUACUGGCUACAAGCUAACUCUUAUUCCCAUGGUUCCUGGAAUGAAGCGCCAAGAACUAUACAUUGGACCCACGCAGACAUCCAUAAAUGCACGAGACCUCUCCCCUGAGACUGAGUACGAAAUCAGUUUGUUCGCCCUGAAAGGUCUGACACCAAGUGAACCUAUUCUGGAUCUGGCGAAGACUCAGCCUGUCAAGGUGUCCACUGAGUGCUCUCUGGGAGUGGAUGUUCAGGCUGAUGUGGUGUUGCUGGUUGACGGCUCAUACAGUAUUGGAUUAAAGAACUUUGCCAAAGUCCGUGCCUUUCUGGAGGUUUUGGUCACGUCUUUUGACAUUGGACCUAAUAAAAUACAGAUUAGCUUGGUCCAGUACAGUCGAGAUCCAUACACUGAGUUUGCCCUAAACACCCAUCAUGACAUUAAUGCUGCUGUCAAAGCUGUGCGCACCUUCCCCUACCGUGGUGGUUCCACAAACACUGGCAGAGCCAUGAAGUAUGUCAAGGAUAAAAUCUUUGUUCCAGCUCGAGGAGCCAGGGAUAAUGUUCCACGCGUCAUGGUUCUCAUCACCGAUGGAAAGUCAUCUGACUCUUUUAAGACUCAGGCCACCGACCUUAGGAAUAUUGAUGUGGAGAUAUUUGCUGUUGGUGUAAAGGACGCUGUAAGAUCUGAGCUGGAGGCCAUUGCCAAUCCACCGGCAGAUACUCAUGUCUAUGAAGUUGAGGACUUUGAUGCCUUCCAGAGAAUUUCAAAGGAACUGACUCAGUCCAUCUGUCUGAGGAUUGAACAGGAACUUUUAAAGAUCAAAAAGAAAAGUCUCCUUCCUCCUCAAGAUUUACGAUUCUCUGAUAUCACCUCACGAAGCUUCAGAUCUACUUGGAAAGCUCCUGCUGCUGCUGUUUUGUCUUACCUUGUGCUCUUCCGCAAAGCCGAAGAUGUCACUGGAGACUAUGUUUCCUUGAUAGUGCCAGGUGACACGACCACAGCCGUUCUUCCCAAUCUUUAUCCAUUAACCACCUAUGAAGUCAACGUUUAUUCUCAGUAUGAUAAAGGAGACAGUUUUCCUUUGACUGGUGAAGAAACAACCCUGGAAGAGCAAGGUUCUGUGCGGAACCUGCGAGUGACAGAAGAAACAACAAACAGUUUCAGGGUGUCAUGGCAGGCUGCUCCUGGUUCUGUGAUAAGGUACCGUCUGUCCUAUGUUCCUCUAAGUGGCACAGGAGAAAUACUAGAGGCCCAGACCAUUGGAGCAGAAACUACCAUAGUUCUCCAAGAGCUAUUCCCAAUCACCACUUACCGUGUCUCUGUAUCUCCUGAGUAUGCAAGUGGCAUUGGAGAUGAAAGAAGUGUAGAUGGUACCACCAAGGAGAUUCGAGGAUCUCCACGAGAUCUUCGUGUCUUUGAUGAAAGUAUAUCAACAAUGAAACUAGCAUGGCAGGCUGCUCCGGGGAAUGUCCGUCAGUACAGCAUUGCAUAUAAACCAGCAGAAGGAGGUGAGAGAAACGAGAUAUCUGUCAACGGCGAUACCACCCAGGCAAUGCUGAAGAACCUUCAACCAGCCACUGAAUAUGAGCUGUUUGUUACUGCGCGCUAUUCCACUGGCUUUGGGGAUCCUCUUCUGGGUACAGGAACUACUUUAGAAGAACUCGGAUCACCCAGAGAUUUAGUCACUAGAGAUGUCACUGACACCAGUUUUGCAGUCUCUUGGGCUGCUGCCCCGGGAAAUGUUCGGCAGUACCGGGUUAUUUGGAAAUCCCUGUUCAGUGACGAGACGGGAGAAAAGAGAACCAAUGGGGGCACCACAGCUACCAUCCUGGACGGUCUAACCCCAGAGACCCGCUAUGAGGUGUCUGUAAUCGCUGUCUAUGGUCAUGGAGAGGGCCAACCACUGGUUGGAGAAGAAACGACUGAUAUCUCAGCCGCUGGCAAAACACUUACUGUUUCGGACGAGACAGAAAAGACCAUGAAAGUGACAUGGCAGCCCGCACCCGGAAAUGUGGUCAACUACCGCAUUACCUACAGACCACAGCAAGGUGGGCGCCAGCUAGCAGCCAAAGUCCCUGGGGGCACCACCUCCACUGUUCUGAGACGCCUUACCCCUCAAACAACCUAUGACCUCACAGUUGUCCCAAUCUAUAGUUUUGGAGAAGGAAAGACAAGGGAAGGAGAAGGAAGAACAUUGUCACCUUACAAAGGUCCAAGGAAUCUCCAGACUUCUGAGCCAACAAAGACAAGUUUCAGAGUGACUUGGGACCCGGCUCCCGGUGAGGUUAAGGGCUACAAAGUCACGUUUCAUCCUGCGGAGGAUGAUAUUGACCUGAGAGAACUUUUGGUUGGUCCCUUUGACAAUACCGUUGUGCUGGAGGAGCUCAGAGCUGGAACUAAAUACACAGUGAGUGUGUUUGGUAUGUUUGAUGGAGGAGAGAGUAUGCCACUAGCUGGAGAAGAGAACACAACUUACUCUGAUGCACCUGAUCCUCCAACAUUUGAUGGACCAAACAAAAUGUGUAAGACCACUGCACAGGCUGACAUUGUGCUGCUGGUGGACGGCUCCUGGAGUAUUGGACGGCUUAACUUCAAGACCAUUCGAGCCUUCAUUGCUCGCAUGGUGGGAGUCUUUGACAUUGGUCCUGAUCGGGUUCAGAUUGGUCUUGCACAGUAUAGUGGGGACCCAAAGACUGAAUGGCACCUGAAUGCUUAUCAGACACGGGACUCGCUCCUGGAGGCUGUGAAUAAACUUCCUUACAAAGGAGGAAACACCAUGACCGGUAUGGCUCUUAACUAUAUCCUCCAGAACAAUUUUAAGGAAAGCGUUGGGAUGCGACCUAGUGCCCGUAAGAUUGGUGUGUUGGUUACCGAUGGAAAAUCCCAGGACGAUGUCAUCGUUCACUCACAGAGCCUGCGUGAGCAGGGCAUUGAACUAUAUGCCAUUGGUGUGAAGAACGCAGAUGAGAAUGAGUUGCGAUCCAUCGCUUCCGAUCCAGAUGAAAUUCACAUGUACAACGUGGCGGAUUUCUCCUUCCUUCUGGACAUUGUGGAUACUCUUAGUGAUAACCUCUGUAACAGUGUGAAGGGGGGAGGAGCUCCAGAUUCACCAACUGAUCUGGUGACAUCAGAGGUAACUCACCAGUCCUUCAGAGCCAGCUGGACUGCUCCACAAGGCCCAGUGGAAAGAUACCGAGUGGAAUACAUGACUGUGUCAGGAGUCCGCCAACAGGUGUCUGUUGAUGGUAGUACAACCACAGUGGUUCUCCAAGGACUCACCCCUCUAACAAAGUACCUGGUCAACGUCUACUCGGUUGUGGGAGAAGACAUCAGCGAACCACUAAAAGGAACAGAAACCACCUUGCCUCUGAGUGCUGUGCGCAGUAUGACCAUUUACGAUGAACAGACAACUACCAUGCGGGUCAGGUGGGAGGAGGUGCAGGGCGCCACCGGGUACAUGCUGCUCUAUAGCGCCAUCAACGCCACUCAGCCAACCAUUGAACAGGAGCUGAGAGCUGGAGCAGGUACAACAGACAUCCAGCUGGUGAGGCUCAUUCCAAACACGGCCUACACGCUCUCUCUGUUUGCCCUCUAUGGAGAAGCAGCCAGCGAACCACUGACCCAGCAGGGUGUCACCUUGCCCAUGCCACCAGCAGGUGAACUGAGAGUACGUGAUGUUACCCAUAGCACCAUGGUGCUGUACUGGGACGCUGCUCCUGGAGCUGUUCGGAAAUACAAAGUCAUCUACCAGGCUGAAGAUGGAGAUCCUAAAGAACUUGAGGUUGGAGGAAGAGUGACUGAAACACAACUGGAGAAUCUGAUUUCACAGACUGAAUACGCCUUAACCGUCAUUCCAAUUUAUGACAUCGGACCUGGGCAGUCGAUGACAGCAUCUGCUAUCACAGAUGUGGUUCCAGCACCAAAGAACCUUGAGUUCUCAGAAAUUACCCAGACAAGCUUUAGAGCAACCUGGGAGCAUGGAGCCCCUGACGUGGCUCUCUACCGCAUUGCCUGGUCUAAGAAAGGAGAAAACAACUUUGAAGAUUCCAUUCUAAACAACGAUGAGACGACUUUCGUCAUGGAGGACUUGGAGCCAGACACACCGUACGAUGUGCACGUAACUGCGAUAUACCCAGACGAGUCAGAGAGCGAGGAUCUCAUGGGCACUGAGAGGACAUUGGCCAAGAAUGGUAAACCAAUGCCGAGAGCACCUCCAACCAACUUAGUUGUAUACAAUGAAACCACCACCACUCUGAACGCCAGAUGGACUGCACCUACAGGCCGCGUCACGAACUACAGGGUUACUUACGUCCCCGUGGCUGGAGGCAGGACUCAGACUGUUGUAGCCAAAAAGACCAAUGUCCUCCUACCCAAGCUGACACCUGACACGGAGUACCAAAUUGGCGUGGUUGCAGUUUACCCCAAUGGAGUCAGCAGGGAGCUAACGGGGCUUGGAAAGACCAAGCCUUUGGGUGGUGUUAGAAACUUACGAGUAACUGACCCCACCACCUCCACACUGAAUGUCCUGUGGGAGCCUGCUGAAGGAAAAGUGCGCGAGUACCGGAUCUACUACGUCCCUACAGCUGGAGGAGAGGAAGAGAUGGUCCAGGUGCCAGGAAGCACCUACAACACUGUUCUAAGGAAUCUGGAUUCUGAUACGCUCUACACUGUGAGUGUGGUUCCAAUCUAUGCUUCCGGAGAAGGACUCCGUUUGUCUGAGAAUGGCAAAACAUUGGAGCGGAGCCCCGUCAGGAAUAUUAGAGUCUUCAACCCCACAACCAACACUUUGAAUGUUCAAUGGGAGGCAGCCACAGGGCCAGUCGAACAGUACAGGGUGGUUUAUUCUCCUCUCACUGGUGCCAGGCCUGCUGAGUCGAUUUUGGUACCAGCCAGUACCACCACAGCUCUGCUAACACAGCUGCUCCCAGAUACUGGCUAUAAUGUUGGAGUCGUUGCCCUGUACAGUGACGGAGAAGGGCCUGCUAUUAGUGAUGCUGGAAAAACUUUGCCCAGAGGUGGCCCAAGAAACAUGCGUGUGUACGACCCAACCACCACCACUCUUUCUGUUAGCUGGGAGCACGCAUUAGGUCCGGUCACACAGUAUCGCAUAACCUACGCCCAGACCACAGGAGACCCUAUUGAGGAAUAUACAACUGUUCCAGGCAACAGAAACAAUGUGGUCCUGCAGAACUUGGAUCCAGACACACCAUACAAUAUCAAAGUGACUGCCAUAUAUAUGGAUGGACCAGGAGGAGAACUGGAGGGAACUGGACGCACAGUGGGAAUGCUGGGCCCCAGAAACCUCCGUGUUUCAGAUGAGUGGUAUACACGCUUCAAGGUGUCAUGGGACCCCGCUCCAUCCAGGGUUACUGGAUACAAGAUCAUCUAUCAGCCUGAGGGGAGUGACGAGUCAAUGGAAACGUUUGUUGGUGAUGUAACCUCCCAUCAACUACAGUACCUAACCCCUGGAACCACCUAUGACCUGAAGGUGCUGGCACAGUAUGACACAGGUUUAAGUGAACCUCUGAUUGGCCAAGGAACAACAUUGUAUUUGAAUGUGACCGACUUGUCCACCUACAAUGUUGGAUAUGAUUCCUUCUGCAUCCGUUGGGCCCCUCAUAGAGCAGCAACUUCCUACAGACUAAAACUGAACCCAUUUGAUGUCUCUAAGAGAGGAGCUCAAGAAGUGACAGUGCGAGGCUCAGAGAGCAACUACUGCUUUGAUGGUUUAAGCCCUGACACGCUUUACAAUGCAACUGUGUACACGCAAACACCCAACUUGGAGGGCCCUGGAGUCAGUGUCAAGGAGAGAACAUUGGUCAAACCCACCGAGGUGCCGACCGAGCCUCCUACUCCUCCUCCUCCAGCUUCAGUGCCGCCUGCAUUGGAUGUGUGUAAAGGUGCCAAAGCAGACGUGGUCUAUUUGAUCGACGGCUCCUGGAGUAUCGGAGAUGAGAGCUUCAACAAAGUCAUUCAGUUUACCACAAAAAUGACUGCAGCCUUUGAUAUCAUCAGCCCCGGAGGCAUGCAGGUUUCAUUUGUGCAGUACAGUGAUGAUGCCAAGACUGAGUUCAAGCUUAACACCUACCACGACAAGGGAAUUGUGUUAUCAGCUUUGCAGUCAGUUAACUACAGAGGCGGCAACACCAAGACUGGUGUUGCUCUGAAGCAUGUCUACGAGAAAGUCUUCACAUCAGACAGCGGCAUGAGGAGAAAUGUCCCCAAAGUGCUGGUUGUUGUCACGGAUGGACGCUCCCAGGAUGAAGUUAAGAAGAGUGCAGAAAAACUGCAGCACUCUGGGUAUAGUGUAUUCGUGGUUGGAGUCGCUGAUGUGGAUAUGAGAGAACUGACGGUUAUUGGCAGCAAGCCCAGCGAGAGGCACGUCUUUGUCGUAGAUGACUACGAUGCUUUCGACAAAAUCCAAGAUAACCUGAUCACAUUCAUCUGUGAAACUGCAACAUCCACCUGCCCUCUAAUCUACAUCAAUGGAUACACCACACCUGGCUUUAGAAUGCUCGAAGCUUUUAACAUCACAGACCGGACAUUCGCCGGCAUGAAUGGCGUGUCUAUGGAGCCCGGUUCCUUUAACAGCUACAUUGCCUACAGGCUGCACAAAGACUCCUACCUGACUCAACCCACCAAGGAGAUACAUCCAGACGGUCUUCCUCCAUCUUACACCAUCAUCCUGCUCCUCCGUCUCUUGCCUGAUACGCCUUCUGAACCUUUUGAUAUCUGGCAGAUUGCUGACAAAAACAACAACCCUGAAGUUGGCGUCACAAUGAAUCCCUCCACUCAAACUCUCACGUUCUACAACAAGGAUACCCGAGGAGAGAUUCAGAGAGCUGUCUUUAAUGAAGCACAAGUCAAGCGAAUUUUCCAUGGCAGUUUCCAUAAGAUCCACAUUACCAUCUCACCAGAAAAAGUCAAACUCACUGUGGACUGCCAAGAGGUGGCAGAGAAACCCAUCAAAGAGGCCAAUAACAUCACGCUGGAGGGCAAUGAAGUGCUUGGCAAGAUGGUCAAAGCUUCGGGUUCAAGGAAGGCCUCAGCAACUUUCCAACUCCAGAUGUUUGAUAUUGUCUGUAGCCUGAGCUGGAUAAGCCGGGACAAAUGCUGCGAGCUGCCAGCAACACGAGACGAGGCCAAGUGUCCUUCUCUUCCCCACUCCUGCACUUGUACACAGGACAGCAUCGGCCCCCAGGGGCCUCCUGGACCUUCGGGAAGCCCAGGUUCUAAAGGACCUCGAGGAGAUAGAGGAACAACUGGAAACCCUGGUCCAAUGGGUCCACGUGGUGAUCCAGGUCUUCCAGGUGCGAUGGGACCACCAGGUCCACAAGGCCCAGCAGGACUUUCUCGACCUGGAGAACCUGGUCGUCCAGGACCUAAGGGAGAUCGCGGGGAUCAAGGCAUGCCUGGUCUGCAAGGUCCUCCUGGGCCACGCGGUCCUUCAGGUCCUAUGGGACAACAUGGAGCCCGGGGGCCACCAGGAAAGGAGGGGCCAUCUGGACCCAGAGGCCCUCCAGGGCCCAUGGGAAGCCCUGGAAAUCCAGGUGUACCAGGAAUUACUGGCAAACCAGGCAAACCAGGAGACCCAGGAAGCCCAGGACCUGCUGGCAUUAAAGGAGAAAAGGGCGAAAAGGGAGACUUUGCAUCCCAAAACAUGAUGCGUUCCAUUGCCAGACAAGUUUGUGAACAGCUUGUGAACAGCCAGAUGAGCAGAGUUAAUUCGAUGCUUAACCAGAUUCCCACCGGAUAUCGCAGCAACACCCCUGGGCCUCCCGGUCUUCCCGGGCCCCCUGGAAACGCCGGACCCCGAGGAGAACCUGGGCAGCCCGGGAGAUCUGGAUUCCCCGGAAGCCCUGGAUUACCUGGAAAUCAAGGAGAAAGAGGAUUACCAGGGGAGAAAGGAGAAAGAGGACCUCCAGGAAAUGACAUUAGAGGACAAAGAGGCCCAACUGGACCUCCAGGGCCACCAGGAGAAUCUAGAACAGGUCCUCCAGGUCCUUCUGGCUCAUCUGGGCCUCGUGGGCCCCCAGGCCGUCAAGGUGUUCCAGGUGUGAGGGGACCACCAGGACCCCCUGGAUACUGUGACUCCUCUCAGUGUGUUGGCAUUCCUUACAAUGGACAAGGAUACACAGGUUUGGCAUAGUACACUUUCUCCUAAGUCCUCUGUGCCAUUUACAUUCUGAGAUGCCCAGUUGCUUUGGAGCUUGUAAGAAUAAUCACCAUGGACAUAUUUAACAUGACAGAAGGAAAAAAAAGUGAGAAAAUGGAGUGUGCUGGCACUAACACGAUGUCACAGCUACAAGCUACAGGGAUGGCAACCCGCUGGCCUGUUUGCAUAUUAAUCCACAAACUGAUGGGAAAUGAAUAAACAAAGCAACAGAGACUGAAUAUUUUCUACGAAGGACGCAGCAUGUACAAACACAAGCCAACGCAGCUACUAACAAAGAGGACAUCAUAUAUUAAUACAAAGGUGUAAAUAAACCUUUUUUUUUUUUUUUUGCUUUUUAAGUGACUGAAUCGGGACAUUUUACUAAUAAAAUAAGGGAACAAAAAUCACGUUAACCUUUUCAUUGAGCUUGAGCCUCAUAACCCUCUGCUUACUUACUAUGAGCAUAACCCUUUGAUUAUGACGCUUUAGUGACCUUUGGAGCUCCGUUUCAGACUAAAGCAUGUUUCAUUUUUUUCUUUUGAAUAUCUUCAUAUUUGUAGCAUUGGUCAACUCAGCGAAAUGUUUUCUUUUUCCUGACAGUUAAUAUUUUCGGAGUGGUAUAAGCUGGUUAUUUUACCACUAUAUGAUAAAAAAAACAUGUUGGACUUUACUGUAAGAAUUCAAAAAUGAAUUAAAAGCUGUUUUUAUUUUCAGAUGUUCUUCUACUCUAGGAAGCAAUAAUUUCUAUAUUCAAUAAGGAUAUUUGUUAACUCCACAGUGUAACUCUUGCCAAACAUUGUUGAAGCCAUCCCUUGUUGAAAUUGUAUUUGUUUUAAAAUGGCCAAAUGUUCUUUUAGACAUCCGUUACCAGCCUGCACCUGAGGUAGAAUCUAUACCUGUGGAGCCAGUCGGAGCAUUUGAGACAAUACAGUCACGCGGUGACUCCAGAGCCCAGCGAAGGCAGAGAUCACUACAAUCAGACAAUACAGGAAGACUGGCAUCAUAGCUACAAACAAGAGUUCGCAGAAAUAAUAAUCACCAAACGAUUUAUUGAGGAUACCCAGAACAAACUAAUACUUACAUGAGGUUUGAUACCUCUGGAUCUGUUGAACAUAUAUAUUAUAAAUAUAUAUAUAUUUUUUCUUUUUUGACACAAAAAAUAUAGCGAGAUGAAUAGAAAGUUUUGUUACAAACCUGUGUGCUUGCUAAGUGUUUUUCUCCCCUUUUAUGUCUGCAUGUAAUAUAUCUGCAAGUGUUCAUCAGACUCCAGUUUGUAAAGCACCAAGCAUCUCAAAAAACCCACAAAGUAGUUCAGUAUGCGUGUUUUGUAGACAGUAACAAAAUGUCCAUAUGGAUUCAGUCCAAUUUCAAGAUGUUAAGCAGUUUCAGACCCUUUAAUGGUUUCAAACAAAUGAUUUAAUGCCACACAAUUUCAGUAUUGUGCUAUUUUUGUUGCCUGUAAACAACAAGAUAGUUUGACUAACUGUAACAAUUCAAAUCUGUUUCUUUGUUUUGUUACCAAAUGUUAAAUUGCAUGAUUAUGUUGUAUAUUUAGUGUGGUCAGAAUAUAGUUUUUUUUUUGUUUUGUUUUUCUGUCAAGGCAGUUUGGAUUUGGUGGCAAAACUAUGGAUAUAGGAUUGCAUUUUUCAACUGUUUCAACUGCACAUUUUGUGAAUUUACACACAGCCUUAUUUUCUUAUUUAUUUCUGAAACGGAAGAGGCAUUUUUCAAUAAAACUACUGAAAAUGUUA